AUGGAAAUUAUUGAAACAACAAAAAAGAAGCCAGCUUUAAUUGAUGGUAGCGGGUUUCAAUACCGACAACAUCGCAAAAAUAAAUAUGGAACCAUUAGCUGGUUGUGUAUAAACGAAAAAAAAAACUGCAGAGGAACGUUAAAGUCACGAGGCGACAAUGUGCUUCCCGUCACCGAUCACGAGUGCAUUCCCGAUGUGGCAAAGACUGAAGUUGCAAAAUCAUUAUCUACAGCUCGUAAGAGAUUGCGUGAAGAAGAUACGCCAGUUCGUUCUAUUUACAACGACGCUGUACGACCUUUAAUGGACGCUGGAUACGAGUUUGUCGCAGAAGUUCCUACGUUUGACGAAGUGAAAACUGGGUUUUAUCGUGCCCGAAAACAAUUUAAAUGGUCUGUUCGCGAUCCACAAACCGUAGAAGAACUUGAAAUACCAGCUGACCUAGUAGUAGCUUUGAAAGACGGGACUUCAUUCAUUGUUCUGGAUGCAACUAUCGACCUGACAAGCAGAAUUAUAAUUUUCGCGUCUGCAUCAGGUAAAAGUGCAUUGAAAGAGUAUUCCGAAUUUUUUAUAGAUGGAACUUUUAAGACUUCUAGUAAGCAAUUUACACAAUUGUACACGUUUCACAUAGAUGCAAGCUCUAGUUUUUACGAACGCAAUGCUUUCCCCAUCGUUUUUGCUCUUUUGUCCGAUAAAAAGCAACAAACGUACCAUCGCCUUUUUGAGGAAAUGAAAAAUAUUGGAUGGAAUCCACAGUCCGUACACCUCGACUUCGAGAUAGCUACAAUAAACGCCUUAACAACUAUUUUUCCUAAAAUAAAAUUACGUAGAUGCCAUUUCCACUUCACGCAAUGUUUGUGGCGAAAAAUUCAGGAUGUUGGCUUAGCAUCUGUAUAUAAACAAAAUGAAGAUAUUCGAAUGCAUGUUAGGAAGAUGGCUUACCUUCCUAUUGAUAAAAUUGACGACGCUUGGCUUAUAAUUCAAAGUAAUGCACCUGAUGACGUGAAGCUAUCUGAAUUUAACGACUAUUUUGUUGAAAACUGGCUCGACUCCGCCACUAUUUCUAAGGAAAUGUGGAAUUGUUACAAUGAAAAUCACCGAACCAACAACAUCGUCGAAGGAUGGAACCAUAAAUUUAAAACACUGGUGGGAAGAUCGCACCCGUGUAUUUGGGUUUUAAUUGAAAAACUAAAGACAGCAGCAGCAGAAAGUGACCAUCGACUUUUACGCACUGAAUUAAAUUUAGAAGGGACUAAACGUAACAAAAAAUAUAUAAAAUUGGACGAGAGAAUCAAACGUAUUAUUCAAAACUUUUUAGAAAAUAACGAUUUAGACAAUUGCCUCAAAAAAUUGUCGAUAAUCGUCAAAUUAGAUUAA